UUUACCUUUUCUUCUUCAUUCACUCACUUUCAAAUCUCGGACCAAACCAAACCAAAUCCUCAAUUCUUUCCAGAGAGAGAGAGAGAGAGAGAGAGUGAGUGAUUCCUAUAUCUUCUCCGACAACACCGGUUGCUCUUCCGUUCCUCUUCCAAACAAAUAUGGCAAAUGCAGCAUCGGGUAUGGCAGUCCAUGAUGACUGCAAGUUAAGGUUUUUGGAGCUCAAGACAAAAAGGACACACAGGUUCAUAAUUUAUAAGAUUGAGGAGAAUCAGAAGCAAGUCAUUGUGGAGAAGCUUGGCGAGCCAGCCCAAGGCUAUGAAGAUUUCUCUGCUAGCCUUCCUUCUGAUGAGUGUCGUUAUGCUGUUUAUGAUUUUGAGUUUCUGACAGAAGGGAAUGUCCCCAAAAGCAGGAUUUUCUUCAUUGCAUGGUCCCCUGAUACAUCAAGGGUUAGAAGCAAGAUGAUUUAUGCAAGCUCCAAAGACAGAUUCAAGAGGGAGCUGGAUGGGAUUCAAGUAGAGUUGCAAGCAACUGAUCCUACUGAGGUUGGUCUUGAUGUGUUCAAAAGCCGUGCCAACUAAAUGAUUAUGAAUAAGCAGCCUUUAUGCUGGGGAGCGCCCCUUAAGGCUUAGUUACUUUUAUGAAAAUUUCUAGUUUGUGGGAUGGUCAUUUUGGCUUUGUUAUGGUCUCAAUUUUCCCAAGUUGUGGCAUAAUGUUUAUCACACCUGAAGUGUAGCUCAUGAUUUGUGAUUUAUACCUACUUCCUUUGUGUUGGAGUGGCAUUUUAGUCCUAUGCUUACUAGUUGAAUUUGUAACUGUGUUGUGUGAUUGGACAAAAAAUGGGGUUCACUUUAUGACUUCAUUCGGCUGAUAUAAAGCCACCUGUUCUUGCUACAAUAAUUUUUUUUUUUUAAAUUUUUUUAAUUUCAAUUUUUUGGUUUGGUGUUA